AUAAAAGAUGUGUACUUCCCAGACAACAGCUAGUGUAUUUAAUUAGAUCUGAUUGUUUUGACAUAGGCCACAAUGUUAACCUCGGCACUCUUUCUUUGUCUCGUAGUGAUUUUACCCAUUAGUUCAGCUAAUGAUUCCAACAUUGCCGGAGGACAAGAUGCAGUGAAAGGUCAGUAUCCUUGGCUUGUUAGCAUUGAGGCAACAAACUUUGUUGAAUCGUGGCCUUUAUGUGCAGGAAUUUUGAUAACUGAUGAAUGGGUCCUCACAGCAGCCCAUUGCUUGGAUUCUGAAAAGCCAGAGUGGCUCUGGGUGGUGACAGGAGAACAUGACAGGAAGGUUGAAGAAGGCACAGAACAGCGUUUGACUGUAUCCUCCUUUGUGAAGCAUCCAGAUUAUACGUACUGGCAGACACCAUAUCAAAAUGAUGUAGGACUUAUUCAUUUAAGUACUCGUGCAGUCUUAGACUCAUACACAAGCUUAGCACCUAUCCCAGACGAAGGUGUUGACGAUGUCUCGGGAAUGUGUGAAGUUGCUGGAUGGGGAAGCACUUAUGAUGGUGGUGUAGGAGCUACCAUCCUCCAAUGGGCUCCUGUUCCACUCUUAGACCCACGAAUUUGCGAAGAAGCCUAUGGUUCAGCACCAGACCCAAAUGCUCUCUGUGCUGGUGAAAUUUUGGGAGGGGUUGGCACCUGUGCUGGUGAUAAUGGUGGCGGCUUACUGUGUUGGUCAGAAAAAACUGGAGGACACAUUGUUGGGGGCGUAAUGUCAUGGAGAGAAGGGUGUGCCCUACCAGGAAAACCAGCAUGCUAUAUGAAUGUCGCAAAGUAUAGGGACUGGAUUAUGUCAAUAAUCAAUCCCUAACUCCAGUUUGUAAGAUCUCUUGCCUACUGCAAAGUCCUUGAAAAGCAAAGUAAAAGAGUGCAUCCAAAA